AUGGGAUACAUGUCAGUAGAGGAACACAACUCUACAAUGCUGCACCUGAAGAGAAACCCUGGCAUACGUUCCUGGUCUCUUUGUAUUGGUAUGGUAUCGAUUGGCUUGGCGGCUGCCUACUACAGCUCCGAUAGCAUCUUGUGGAAGCUCUUCUAUGUGACUGGCUGUCUAUUUGUGGCCAUUCAGAACAUGGAAGAAUGGGAAGAGGCAGUGUUUGAUAAAACCAAAAAUAUCAUUCAACUCAAGAAUAUUAGUUUGUACACGCUAGUUCUAACCUUAUGGAAAAAGGGCCAAGAGAAUGUUGUGUUGGACUUGAGGCACCUGCAUGAUGUCUGCGUCCAGGAAGAAAAAGUCAGAUAUUUGGGGAAAGGCUACCUCCUGAUGUUGCGUCUGGCUACAGGUUUCUCCUACCCUCUGACUCAGAGUGCUACAAUCGGGGGGCGAAGUGAUGUGGAGGCAAUCGCAGAAUUGCUCAAGCGCUUUUUGGGGAUGGAGGAGCGGCGGCAAAAGCAACAGGAAGAGUUCACAGAGGAGGAAGCUGAUUUUUCGGAAAACAGCAGCGAGUCGGCGGACAAAAAAGAAUAA